GCUGCCUGGCCGAACGCCGCCGCUGUCCCAACAGCCAGGCCGGCCGCCGCCGAUCCGCCGCGCUCAUGCCGGCUGGCGGUCCCGCCUGAGCCGCGGCCUCCCUGGCCCGGGCGGCGGCCAUGCGUGCAGUGCCCUGAUGAUUCCGCCCGCCCGUCUUGCGCUCGCCCUGGGCCUGGGCCUGUGGCUCGGGGCGCUGGCGGGGGGCCCCGGGCGUGGUUGCGGGCCGUGCGCGCCCCCCUGCCUCUGCGGCCCGGCGCCCGGCGCUGCCUGCCGCGUCAACUGCUCGGGCCGCGGGCUGCAGACGCUCGGGCCCGCCCUGCGCAUCCCCACCGAAGCCACCGCGCUAGACGUCUCCCACAACCUCCUCCGGGCGCUGGACACGGGGCUCCUGGCGAACCUCUCAGCACUGACGGAGCUGGACAUAAGCAACAACAAGAUUUCUACGUUAGAAGAAGGAACAUUUGCUAAUUUACUUAACCUAAGUGAUGUAGACCUGAGCGGGAAUCCGCUCGAGUGUGACUGUGGCCUGGCCUGGCUGCCGCGCUGGGCAGAGGCACAGGGGGUGCGCCUGGGGCAGCUUGAGGGGCCCAUGUGUGCCGGGCCAGGCCCCCUCACUGGUCGGCCCCUGCUCAGUGUCCCCUUCCUGGACAGCAGCUGUGGUGAGGAGUAUGUUGCCUGCCUCCCUGACAACAGCUCGGGUACUGUGGCUCUGGUGGUCUUCUCGGUGGCCCAUGAAGGCCCGCUGGCUCCUGAGGCCUGUGGUGCCUUCUGCUUCACAGCGGGCCAGGCCCUUGCAGGGCUCUCUGAGCAGGGCCUGUGUCUGUGCGGGGCGGCCCAGCCCUCCAACGCCUCUGCAGCCUGCCUGCCCCUCUGUUCUGGCGCCCUGCUGCCCCUCACUUGUGGGGGCCCCACCGUGCUCCCCCAUGUCUUUCCUGCCACCCCAGGGGCCGCUCUGGAGGGGCCCCUUGGGGCCCUGGCCACUGGUCACCAAGCAGCCUUCCGUGUCACUGCCCCCCUGCCCAUUGACUCCACUUGCUGGGACUUCGGCGAUGGCUCCCCCAAGGUGGAUAUCACUGGGGCAGCCGCCACGCACCGCUAUCUGCUGCCUGGGCGCUAUUGGGUGACUGCCCGGUUGGCCCUUGGGGCCGCCUCAGCCCAGCUGGCCACUGAGGUGUGGGUGGAGGCAGCCCCUGCUGCCCUGCAGCUCCUGUGCCCAUCCCCCGUGCGCAGCAACCAGAGCCUCCAACUCAGCGUCCGAAAUCGGGGCGGUACAAGCCUUGCAGCCACCUACAGCAUCAUAGCCCUGGAUGAGGAGCCAGCCCGAGUGGUUCACCCCCUCUGCCCCUCGGACACGGAGAUCUUCCCUGGCAACGGGCACUGCUACCGCCUUGUGGCAGAGAAGGCGGCCUGGGUGCAGGCACAGGAGCAGUGCCGGGCCUGGGCUGGGGCUGCCCUCGCCAUGGUGGACAGCCCUGCCGUCCAGCGCUUCCUCAUCUCCCACGUGACCAGGAGCCUGGAUGUGUGGAUUGGCUUCUCGGCCAUGGAGGGGGCUGAGGUGGAGGCGGGCAGUGCCCCACGUGGUGAGGCCUUCAGCCUGGAGAGCUGCCAGAACUGGCUGCCUGGGGAGCCGCACCCCGCCACAGCUGAGCACUGUGUGCGGCUCGGGCCCGCUGGCCAGUGCAACACAGACCUGUGCUCGGCACCACACAGCUACGUCUGCGAGCUGCAGCCCGGGGGCCCCGUGUGGGAUGCGGAGAAUGUCCUCAUGGGAGCGCCUAUUGGGGACCUGCAGGGACCCUUGAGUCCCCUGGUGCAGCAGGAGGCCCUCGCAGCCCCUCAGGAGCCUGUGGAGGUAAUGGUGUUCCCUGGUCUCAGCCUGAGGCAUGAGGCCUUUCUGACUGCAGCUGAGUUUGGGACCCAGGCGCUCGAGCGGCCUGCCCAGCUGCGGCUGCAGGUGUUCCGGCCCGCAGGCAGCACAGGGGCUCCCGAAAAUAGCAGCGAGCCCAAGAGCAGGUCCCUGGACAACGGCACUGUGCCAGCUCCCUCGUGCAUGCCAGAGGGAAGCUGGUGCCCUGUGGCCAACAUCUGCAUACCGCUGGACACGCCCAGGCACCCUCGGGCCUGCGUCAGUGGGUCCUGGCCAGGGCUCAGGCUCUCUGGGGCUGCCUAUGUGCUGUGGAAGGAGUUUCUCCUGUCUGUGCCUGCAGGGCCUCCCACACAGUACUGGAUCGCCUUCCAAGACCAGGACACGCCCCUGCUCCCCGGUGACCUCUUGGCCCUGCAGCAUGACGCUGGCCCAGGCACCUUCCUGCACUGUCCCCCUGCCCAAGGCCCCCCUGCCCCCGAGGCCCCCUACCUCUUGGCCAAUGCCUCAGAAUGGCUGACCCACCUGCCCACCCAGCUGGAGGAGGCCCCAGUUGGCCCUGCCUGUGCACUGCGGCUGCUUGGGGCCACAGAGCGUCUUACCCCCCUGCUGGGUCUGAGCCCCAAACCUGGGCUUCGACAUCCUGGGCACUACAAGGUCCAGGCCACAGUGAGCAACGGUGUGUCCACACACAACCUGUCCUGCAGCUUCUCUGUGGCCUCCCCUGUGGCUGGGCUGCGCGUUGUCCACCCUGCCGCCCUUGAUGGCCGCCUCUACGUGCCCACCAACCGCUCAGCCUUGGUACUUGCGGUGGACGCUGGUGCCAACACCACAGCCAUGGCCCACUGGCGUGGGGGCAAUGCUAGCGCAUCCUUCGAGCCUGCCUGCCCCGCUGUGCUGGAUGCCCUGGCACCUGGGUGCCCCCAUGAGGCCAACAGCAUGCUGUUCUCGGUGCUGGUGCUACCUGGGCUUUGUGAAGGCGAGCAUAUUGUGGAGGUCGUAGCCGAAAACAGUGUUAGCCAAGCCCGCCUCAGCCUGCGUGUGAUGGCUGAAGAGCCUGUGCGUGGCCUCCGCGCCACACCCAGCCCCGAGUCCCGUGUGCUGCAGGGUGUUCUGGUGAGGUAUAGCCCCUCGGUGGAGGCCGGCUCAGACGUGGUUUUCCGGUGGACUAUCGAUGACAAGCAGUCGCUGACCUUCCACAAUGUUGUCUUUAACGUCAUCUACCAGAGCGCUGCCAUAUUCAAGCUUUCGCUGACAGCCUCCAACCACGUGAGCAACGUCACCGUCAACUACAACGUCACCGUGGACCGCAUGAACCGGAUGCGGGGGCUUCGAGUGUCAGCGGUGCCAGCUGUGCUGCCCCAGAAUGCCACGUUGGCGCUGACAGCUGGCGUGCUGGUAGACUCAGCUGUCGAGGUGGCCUUCCUGUGGACCUUCGGGGAUGGAGAGCAGGCGCUCGGCCAGUUCAAGCCUCCAUACAAUGAGUCCUUCCCGGUCCUGGAGCCCACGGUGGCCCAGGUGCUGGUGGAGCACAAUGCCACGCACACCUACGCCACCCCAGGUGAUUACAACUUAACCCUGCUUGUGUCCAAUGCCUUUGAGAACCUGACACAGCAGAUGCCCAUCCAUGUGCGCACUGCCCUGCCCACCCUGGCUGUGGGGAUGAGCACCUGUGUCCUGGUGGUCGGCCGGCCCGUCACCUUCUUCCCGCUGCCCUCGCCCUUGCCUGGGGGCGUCCUGUACACAUGGGACUUUGGGGACAGCUACCCCAUCGGACCACAGAGGGAACCAGCCAUCAACCACACGUAUGCUGCGAGGGGCGUGUACCGUGUCCGCCUGGAGGCUGACAAUGCAGUGAGCCACGUGGCAGCGCAGGCCAACAUCCACGUCCUCGAGGAGCCCCGUGGCCUGAGUGUGCGCCUUGGCCCGGCUGUGGAGCAGGGCGCGCUCAUGCAGGUCAGUGCCGUGCUGGAGGCAGGCGACAACAUCACCUGGAUCUUUGACAUGGGCGACGGCACGGUCCUGUCAGGGCCCAAGUCCACCGUGGAGCACGUGUACCUGCAGGCGCAGAACUGCACCGUGACCGUGACAGCAGCCAGCCCUGCUGGCCGCCUGGCACAAAGCCUGCCUAUGCAUGUCUUCCUCCUGGAGGUGCUGCACAUUGAACCCGUGGGCUGCAUCCCUGCACAGCCUGAUGCCCUGCUGGCAGCCCAUGUCACCGGGGACCCCACCCACUAUGUCUUUGAAUGGACUUUCGGGGACGGCUCACCAAAUGCCACCGUCUAUGGGAGCCCGGUGGUUACACACAAUUUCACAGGCACUGGCACCUUUCCGCUGGCCCUGGUGCUGUCAAGCCGCACCAACAAGGCGCACUACUUCACGAGCAUUUGUGUGGAGCCCGAGCUUGGCAACGUCACGCUGUGGCCUGAGAGGCAGUUCGUGCAGCUCGGGGAUGUGGCCCGGCUGGAGGCGCACACCUGGCCCUCCUUCCCCUACCGUUAUGUCUGGGACUGGGGCACUGAGGAUGCUGCCACCCGCCUUGGGGGCCCCGAGGCUGCCCAUACUUACCAGGAGGCUGGCUCCUACCUGGCGACAGUCACGGUGUCCAACAACGUCUCAGCUGGCAACGACUCGGCAGUGGUGGAGGUGCAGGAGCCUGUGGUGCUCACAGGCAUCAGGGUCAAUGGCUCACACGUGCUGGAGGCACAGCAGCCCUACCUAUUUGGUGUCGCAGGCCGUGGCAGCCCUGCUAGAUACCUCUGGGAGCUGGGGGAUGGUGGGCAACUCGAGGGCUCCGCUGUCACCCAUGCCUACAACUGUGCGGGCACCUUCACCGUUAGGGUGGCUGGCUGGAAUGAGGUAAGCCUUGGCGAGGCCUGGCUGAAUGUGACGGUGGUGCAGAGGGUGCAGGGGCUCCGUGUCAAUGCCAGCCGUACAGUGGUGCCCCUCAAUGGCAGCGUCAGCUUCAGCACCACGUUGGAAGCGGGCAGUGAUGCGCGCUACUCCUGGGUACUUUGUGACCGCUGCACCCCCAUCCCUGGGGGCUCCACCAUCUCCUACACCUUCCGCUCGGUGGGCACCUUCAACAUCAUCGUCACGGCCGAGAAUGCGGUGGGUGCUGUGCAGGACAGCAUCUUCGUCUAUGUGCUGCAGCACAUUGAAGGGCUGCAGGUGGUGGGUGGUGCUGGCUGCUUCCCCACCAACCACACAUUGCAGCUCCAGGCCACGGUCCGGGAUGGCACCAAUAUCUCCUACAGCUGGACCGCCCAGCGGGACGGGGGCCCCAUACUGGCUGCCACUGGCAGGGUCUUUUCACUGACUGUGCUUGAGCCUGGCACCUACCAUGUCCAGCUGCGGGCCACCAACAUGCUGGGCAGUGCCAUGGCCAACUGCACCCUGCACUUUGUGAAUCCUGUGGGGGUGCUGACUGUGGCUGCCAUCCCCAACCCGGCUGCCAUCAAUGAGAGCAUCACCCUGGCUGCCGAACUCACAGGUGGCAGUGGUGUCACGUUCACCUGGGGCCUGGAGGGGGGGCUGCGCUGGGUGACCUUGGGGCCGGCCACUACCCACGCCUUCACCAGCCCUGGUCUGCACCUGGUCAGAGUCGUGGCUGAGAACGCGCUGGGUGCAGUCAUUGCCACCGUCAGGGUGGCAGUGCAGGUGCCUGUUGCAGGCCUCGGCAUCCGGGCUGGUGAGCCAGACUGCAGUUUUGUGGUGGCUGGCUCCAGUGUACCUUUCUGCGGCCAGCUGGCUGCUGGCACCAACGUGAGCUGGAGUUGGGCAGUGCCAGGGGGACACAGGCUGCAGGGCCAGCACGUGGCCGUGGUCUUCCCUGAGGCUGGCACCUUCUCUGUCCAACUCAAUGCCUCCAAUGCGGUCAGCUGGGCAGUGGCCACGCACAACCUCACAGUGGAGGAGCCAGUGGCGGGCCUGGUGCUGUGGGCCAGCAGCAAGGUGGUGGAGCCCGGGCAGUCAGUGGACUUCCAGGUGCUGCUGGCUGCUGGCUUGGGUGUAGUACUGCGACUGCAGGUGGGUGGGGCUGACCCUGAGCUGCUUACCGGACCACACUUCUCACGCAGCUUCCCACACGCUGGGGACUACGUGGUGAGUGUGCAGGCUGAGAACCAUGUGAGCCGGGUGCAGGCGCAGGUGCACGUGGCCGUGCUGGAGGCUGUGGGUGGGCUGUGGAUGCCUCACUGUUGCGCACCAGGUGUACUCACUGGUGCCGAGCAGAACUUCACAGCCCGUGUGCAGCGUGGCUCCCGCGUCCAGUAUGCCUGGUACUUCUCACUGCAGAAGGUGCAAGGCGACUCACUGGUUAUUCUGUCAGGCCGCGACGUCACCUACACACCUGUGGCUGCAGGGCUGCUUGAGGUCCAGGUGCGUGCCUUCAAUGAGCUGGGCGGCAUCAACCUCACACGGUGGCUCGAGGUGCAGGAUGUCAUCCAGCACGUGGUCCUGCGCAGUGGCCACUGCUUCAGCAACCGCUCAGCCCGCUUUGAAGCCUCCACCAGUCCCAGCCCACGGCGUGUGGUCUUCCACUGGGACUUCGGGGAUGGGGCCCCAGUGCAGGCAACAGCAGAGCCCUGGGCUACCCACAUCUACCUGCAGCCCGGGGACUACCGUGUACAGGUGAACGCGUCCAACCUGGUCAGCUUCUUUGUGGCACAGGCUGCGGUGACAGUGCAUGUGCUGGCCUGCGAGGAACCUGAAGUGGACGUGGCCCUGCCCCCACAGGUGUUGAUGCGCCGCUCCCAGCGCAAUUACCUGGAGGCUCACGUCGACCUGCGUGGCUGUGUCACCUACCAGACUGAGUACCGCUGGGAGGUGUACCGUGCCACCAGCUGCCGGCGGCCUGGGCACGCCACCCGCCUGGCACUGCCUGGUGUAGAUGUGAGCCGGCCGCAGCUGGUGGUGCCCCGGCUGGCGCUGCCUGUGGGCCACUACUGUUUUGUGUUCAUGGUGUCAUUUGGGGAUACGCCACUUGCACGCAGCAUCCAGGCUAACGUUACAGUGGUCCCUGAGCGCCUGGUGCCCAUCAUCGAGGGCGGCUCAUACCGCGUGUGGUCAGACACGCGGGACCUGGUGCUGGACGGGAGCCAAUCCUAUGAUCCCAACCUGGAGGACGGUGACCAGACGCAGCUCAACUUCCACUGGGCUUGUGCUGCCGCCCCCCAGAGUGAGGCUGGUGGCUGUGUGCUGAACUUUGGACCCCGCGGGAGCCCGGUGGUCACCAUCCCCCACGAGCGGCUGGAGGCCGGUGUGGAGUACACCUUCGACCUGACUGUGUGGAAGGCUGGCCGGAAGGAGGAAGUGACCAACCAAACGGUGCUGAUCCGGAGUGGGCGGGUACCCAUUGUGUCCCUGGAGUGUGUGUCCUGCAAGGCACAGGCUGUGUACGAAGUGAGCCGCAGCUCCCACCUGUACCUGGAGGGCCGCUGCCUCAACUGCAGCCAUGGCUCCAAGCAGGGGCGCUGGGCGGCACGCACCUUCAGCAACCAGACGCUGGUACUGGAUGAGACCACCACAUCAACGGGCAGUGCAGGCAUGCGACUAGUGGUGCGGCGUGGUGUGCUGCGCGACGGGGAAGGCUACACCUUCACACUUACUGUGCUGGGCCGCUCAGGCGAGGAGGAGGGCUGUGCCUCCAUCCGCCUGUCCCCCAACCGGCCGCCGCUGGGUGGCUCUUGCCACCUCUUCCCACUGGAUGGUGUGCACGCGCUUACCACCAAGGUGCAGUUCGAGUGUGUGGGUUGGCAUGACGCAGAGGAUGCAGGUGCCCCUCUGUUGUACGCUCUGUGGCUACGACGCUGUCGCCAAGGCCACUGCGAAGAGUUCUGUGUCUACAAGGGUAGCCUGCCAGCCUAUGGGGCGGUGCUGCCGCCUGGCUUCCCGCCACGCUUCACCGUGGGCCUGGCUGUGCUUGUGCAGGACCAGCUGGGCGCUGCCGUAGUCGCCCUCAACAGGUCCCUGGCCAUCAUGCCCCCCGAGCCCCCGGGCAGCCCCAUGAGCCUCACACGCUGGCUGCACAGCCUGACGGAGAGCAAGCUGCAUGGGCUGCUGCGGCAAGCUGACCCCCAGCACGUCAUUGAGUACUCACUUGCCCUCGUCACCGUGCUCAACGAGUACGAACAGACCCCGGAGGCUGCGGCAGAGCCCACCCACGAGCGGCAGUUGCGUGCUCAGGUGCGCAGGAACAUCACAGAGACCUUGGUGUCUCUUCGAAUUGACACUGUGGAUGACAUCCAGCAGAUUGCAGCUGCAUUGGCCCAGUGCACGGUGUCCAGCAGGGAGCUGGUGUGCCAGCCCUGCUUGAAGAAGACGCUGCACAAGUUGGAGGCCAUGAUGCAUGUCCUGCAGGCCGAGACCACUGAGGGCACCGAGACACCCACUGCCAUCGCUGACAGCAUCCUCAACAUCACAGGUGACCUCAUCCACCUGGCCAGUGUGGACGUGCAGAGCCCAGCACCAGGGGAGCCAGGUGCACUGGGGGCAGCACGGCCCUCACUGCUGGUGGCCUCCCGGGCUUACAACCUGUCCUCAGCGCUCAUGUGUAUCCUCAUGCGCUCCCGCGUGCUCAACGAGGAGCCCCUGACACUAGCUGGUGAAGAGAUUGUGGCCCAGGGCAAGCGUUCGGACCCGCUGAGUCUGCUGUGCACAGGCCACACCGCAGGCCCUGGCUGCCACUUCUUUAUCCCCGCCGCCUUCAGUGGGGUGCUGGCCGGCCGCAGUGAUGUGGUACAGCUCAUAUUCCUCGUCGACUCCAACCCCUUCCCCUUUGGCUACAUCAGCAACUAUACCGUGUCCACCAAGGUGGCCUCCAUGGCCUUCCAGACGCAGGCCGGUGCCCAGAUCCCCAUUGAGCAGCUGGCCUCUGAGCGUGCCAUCACUGUCAUGGUGCCCAGCAACACCAGCCCAGCUGGCCCAGGCCACAGCGUGCCCGCCGCUGCCACUGCCAUUGUCUCACCUCAGUCCUCAGUCCGUGCUGAGGUUGCCCUGGAGAGCAGCAACCCUGCGGCUGGGCUGCACCUGCAGCUCACGUUCACAGUGCUUGACGAGAGCUACCUGUUGGAGGAGCCCGAACCCUACCUGGCUGUGUAUCUGCACAUGGUGGCCUGGCCCAACGAGUACAACUGCUCGGCCAGCCGACGGAUCAAUCUGCAAGCACUAGCAGGCGAGGACCACAGGCCCUACACCUUCUUCAUCGCCCCAGGGACCAGAGAGCCAGGCGGGAGUUUCCACCUGAACCUGACCAGCCACUUCCGCUGGUCGGCACUGGAGGUAUCUGUGGGCCUAUACACGUCGCUGUGCCAGUACUUCAGCGAGGAGGAUAUGGCGUGGCGUACGGAGGGCAUUGUCGCUCUGGAGGAGACCUCGCCCAGCCAGGCUGUCUGCCUAACCCGCCACCUCACCGCCUUUGGUGCCAGCCUCCUUGUGCCCCCCAGCCGUGUCAACUUCGUCUUCCCCGAGCCGGCUGCGGGCAUGAACUAUGUUGUCUUGCUGACGUGUGCCGUGUGUCUAGUGACCUACGCUGUCAUGGUUGCGGUCCUGCGGAAGCUGGACCAGCUGGACAUGCACCGGGUCCGUGUUAUCCCGUUCUGCGGGAAGGGUGGCCGUUUCAAGUAUGAGAUCCUGGUCAAGACCGGCUGGGGCCGAGGCUCAGGCACCACAGCACACGUGGGCAUCAUGCUGUUCGGGGCAGACAGCCACAGCGGCCACCGGCACCUGGAUGGGGAUGGGGCCUUCCACCGCAACAGCUUGGACAUCUUCCAGAUUGCCACACCACACAGCCUGGGCAGCCUGUGGAAGAUCCGUGUGUGGCAUGACAACAAAGGGCUUAGCCCUGCCUGGUUCCUACAGCAUGUCAUCGUCAGGGAUCUGCAGAGUGCCCGCAGCACCUUCUUCCUGGUCAAUGACUGGCUGUCGGUGGAGACGGAGGCCAAUGGGGGCCUGGUGGAGAAGGAGGUGCUGGCGGCAAGCGAUGCGGCCCUGCAGCGGUUCCGGCGCCUCCUUGUGGCCGAGCUACAGCGCGGCUUCUUCGACAAGCACAUCUGGCUCUCACUGUGGGACCGGCCACCACGCAGCCGUUUCACUCGUGUUCAGCGGGCCACCUGCUGCAUCCUCCUGCUCUGCCUCUUCCUGGGUGCCAACACAGUGUGGUACAGGGUCAUGGGAGAUGCUGCCCACAGCACGCAAUUCAUGUCCAGUCUGAUACCACUGAGUGUUGACACGGUUGCCAUUGGCCUGGUGUCCAGUGUGGUUGUCUACCCUGUCUACCUGGUCAUCCUGUUUCUCUUCCGGAUGUCCCGGAGCCAGGUGGCCAGUGGCCCGAGCCCCACCCCUGCUGGGCAGCAGGUGUUGGACAUCAACAGCUACCUAGACUCGUCUGUGUUGGACAGCUCCUUCCUCACCUUUUCUGGGCUCCGUGCUGAGGUCUUUGCUGAACAAAUGAGAAAUGACUUAUUUCUGGAUGAUUCUAAAAGCCUGGUGUGCUGGCCAUCCAGUGAGGGCUCAUUCAGCUGGCCAGACCUGCUCAGUGACCCAUCAAUCAUGGGCAGCACCCUGCAGCGGCUAGCUCGGGGACUGCCAGGGCGCACGUUGGGCCUGGAGGAGGACGGCCUUUCCCUGGUCAGCCCCUCCUCACCCGCCAAAUACUUCUCGGCUUCAGAUGAAGACUUGAUCCGCCAGAUUCUGGCUGAAGGGGCCAGCAGCCUGGUCCCCACCCAGGACACCCGGGUGGACACGGAUCUGCUCACCAGCAUGUCCAGCACUCCUGGGGAGAGGACUGAGGCACUGAUGCUACACAGGCUCGGGGAGAAAGGGCCACCCACCCUGGGCCUGGGCUGGGAUGAGCCCUCCUCAGCGAAGCUCUGCCACACAGGGCUGGUGGAGGGUCCGCGGAAGCGCCUGCUGCCAGCCUGGUGCUCCCGCCUGGCCCAUGGGCUCAGCCUGCUCCUGGUGGCACUGUCUGUGGGCCUUUCGGGUUGGGUCGGCACUGGCUUCCCCUCCAGCAUCAGCGUCAUGUGGCUGCUGUCCAGCAGCUCCAGUCUCCUUGCCUCGUUCCUGGGCUGGGAACCACUCAAGGUCCUGUUGGAGGCCCUGUACUUCUCACUGGUGGCCAAGCGGCUGCACCCCGAUGAGGACGACACACUGGUGGAGAGCCCAGCCGUGACGCCCGUGAGCGAGCGUGUGCCCCGUGUCCGGCCCCCACACGGCUUCGCACUCUUCCUGGCCAAGGAGGAGGCCCGCAAGGUCAAGAGGCUGCACAGGGUGCUGCGGAACCUCCUGGUGUACAUGCUUUUUCUUCUGGUGACGCUGCUGGCCACCUAUGGGGACGCCUCGUGCCAUGGCCACGCCUACCGCCUGCAGAGUGCCAUCAAGCAGGAGCUGGACAGCCGGGCCUUCCUGGCCAUCACUCGGUCAGACGAGUUCUGGCUGUGGAUGUCCCGCGUGCUGCUCCCCUACGUCCACGGGAAUCAGUCCAGCCCAGAGCUGGGGCCCCCGCGGCUGCGGCAGGUGCGCCUACAGGAAGCCACAGGAGGCUUCAGCACCAGUGACUACAGCGUUGGCUGGGAGCAUGCUGCCCGCAACAGCUCCGCAACAUGGGCCUACUCAGCGCCUGAUCUGUUGGGAGUCUGGCACUGGGGUGCCUGCGCCGUGUAUGACAGCGGGGGCUACGUGCAGGAGCUGGGGCUAAGCCUGGAGGAAAGCCGUGCACAGCUGAAUUUCCUGCAGCAGCACCGCUGGGUGGACAACAGGAGCCGCGCUGUGUUUGUGGAGCUCACACGCUACAGCCCAGCGGUGGGGCUGCACGCCGCUGUCACACUGCGCCUUGAGUUCCCUGUGACUGGACAGGCGGUGGCUGCCCUCAGCAUCCGUCCCUUCACCCUGCAGCGCCUCAGCACUGGCCUAUCCCUGCAGCUGCUCACCUCGGUGAGCCUCCUGCUGUUUGCACUGCACUUCCUGGCGGCUGAGACCUGGGCCUGGAAGAGAGAAGGGUGUGGGCGUGUGGCGAGGCCCGGGGCCUGGGUGCGAGGGUUGCUGGCUGUGCUGGCGGCAGCCGCAGCACUCGUACGCCUGGCCCAACUGGGUGCUGCUGACCGCCAGUGGGCCCGCUUUGUGGGUGGCCGCUUGCGCCACUUUAUCAGCUUCGAGCAGGUGGCACAGCUGAGCACCGUGGCCCGUGGCCUUGCCGCGUUGCUGCUCUUCAUGCUCCUGGUCAAGGCUGCACAGCAGCUGCGCUUCGUGCGCCAGUGGUCGGUUUUUGGCAAGACGCUGUGUCGGGCCCUGCCAGAGCUCGUGGGUACAGCCGUGACCCUGGUGGUGCUCGCCAUGGCCUACACCCAGCUGGCUGUCCUGCUGGUCUCCUCUGGUGUGGACUCACUGCGCAGCGCUACCCGGGCCCUCCUGGUGCUGUGUCCCAACAUGGGAGGCGUCGCCCUGUGCCCAGCCGAGCCUUGGCGCCUGUCCCUGCUGCUGUGCACAGGGCUCUGGAUGCUGCGUCUGUGGGGCGCCCUGCGGCUGGGUGCCAUUCUCCUGCGCUGGCACUACCACGCCCUGCAUGGUGAGCUCUACCGGCCAGCUUGGGAGCCGCAGGACUACGAGAUGGUGGAGCUGUUCCUGCGCCGCCUGCGCCUCUGGUUGGGCUUCAGCAAGGUCAAGGAGUUCCGCCACAAAGUCCGUUUCGAGGGCAUGGAGCCGCUGCCCUCGCGCUCAUCCAGGGACUCCAAGUCAUCCCCCGAUGCACCCCCACCCAGCACGGGCUCAGACGCCUCACGCCCCUCCACCUCCUCCAGCCAGCUGGACAUAGGCCUGGUCCGGCCAGGGCUGCGGGGGGAGCCUGAGCCCUCCCGCCUGCACGUGGUCUUCGAGGCCCUUCUGGCCCAGUUUGACCGACUCAAUCAGGCCACUGAGGAAGUGUACCAGCUGGAGCGGCGGCUGCAGGGCCUACAUGGCUGUAGGGGCAACAUGCCCCCCACCCCACCUCCCCCUGGUCCCCAGCCAGCUCUGCCUAGCCGCCUUGCCCGGGCCAGCCGGGGCAUUGGCUUGGCCACAGGCCCCAGCAGAGCGUCCCUGCGGGCCAAGAACAAGGUGCGACCCAGCAGCACUUAGCGGGGCCAGCCUGCCGAGGGCCAUGGAGGACACCGCUCAGUAUUAACUUCUGCUUCGAGGCUCCAGGCCAGACAAAAACCUCUGCAUGCAGGUCCCACACAGAGAUGCUAGAGCCCGUCUGUCUGUGGGUGUCAGCACUUUAACGUGGCUGCAUAGCCAGCCAGGACCAGGGUCCCCUCCCCACACUGCGGGAGGACAUAGCAGUAUUGGACCGAGUGAGUGCUCAGCCUCUGGGCGCUAACUUACUCCCAGUCCUCAGGUACAGGUGCAGCGGGCUAUGCCCAGCGAUGGCUCCCCUGCACCCCAUUCUCCUCCCCUAAGUUAUUGCCCUCCUACCCCGCUGCGCGCUUGCCCCCACCUCCCUGUCUGCCGUCAGUAAUUUAUACGGGGUAAAUGUGUAUUUUUGUAUGUCGGUAUCUCACUCGGGCUGAGGCCCAUGGUUGCCCACGUUGCAGUGGGAGCCGAUCGCAGCGCUGUCUCCCUCCUCGGUACCUGCCCAUGCAGGGCUGACCUCGACAGGUGUAGCCGGGCACCAGGGACGCGACGCUGUUUCUAGGAUCCGAGUCUGGCCAGAUGCUGGGACGUUGGCUGGAGGGGGACAGCUGCUCCAUCACAGCGACCUUGUCCCCUCACUGGUACGAGUACACAAGGAAGGUCGCAACCCAGGCCUGCUGGCUUUAGUGUGGCCCAAAGGAGGACGAAGCUGUGGUGGGAGGGUCUGUGAGAGGGAAAGGGCCGCCCCGGGCUGGCUUCCGGGGAGUAAACCUGACAGUGCACAUGAAAACACGUGUGGGGCCCCUCCUCGGAGCUGCUACGCCUGUGCCAGAACCUCGUGCCACCUCUGUGGGCACGGCUGCAGCUACAGCCUUGACCCCCGUCCCCCAACAAAACAGACAAAGUCAAAUAAAUAAGUUGGCUGACUGCUA